UUGUGGUUCACUGUUCACUUCCUGCUUGAUAGCGUGAAAUCAAUAAACUGCAGCAGACGUGAAUGCUCUAAGCUAGAAGGAAAAGAGAAGGAACUAAAGACCUGUCAGCAAAGUGUCCUGCUUGAUGGGUCCUCCAAGAAACCCAAACAAAAGAGGAAGCAGCAGUCAGUUAGAUGUCCACCUUUGAAUGAAGCCUCUCUCCAAGACGCAGACCAAACAUGGUGCAUGUCUACAACUGCCAUCCUUUCUCCUCACAGCAGAUAGUGCAGGUGGAGCAGGAGCCUGGACUGAUCUGCUGUGGAGGUGGAGCCCUGUUUGUGGUGGCUACUGGAGGAUGCAAGGUGGAUGCCUUCAGUGUGGAGAAGGAGGGCUGCCCUCUCAUCUGUCGCUUUGCUACCAUGGGCACUGUGAAGAGCAUCCAGCACAGCAAGAUGGGAGAUUACUUGGUGACCAUCGAGGAGAAGAACAGCGCAACCUACCUGAGAACCUACACCAACUGGCGCUAUCAGGCGGAGGGGAAGGCCCGUGUCGGGGUGCGCUUGUUGGGCCACCUGCUGCGUGGGGCGUCUGUGCGGGGCGGAGUGCAGAUGGAGAUCAUUGAGAUCCCUCUGUCAGAGCGCCCUGUUGCCGUGGCGUGUUGCUCAGUAACAGGAGACCUUGUGGUCGGCUGUGAGAGCACGCUGGUUCUGUUUGCUUUGAGGAGACAGAACCAGCUGAGUCUUAAUCAAAGUCAGCAGAUGCUCCAGAGCAGCGGGACCAACUCUCAGCAGAGUUCUAGUCAGAGUCCAGGUCAGAUCGUAGGUUCAAACCAGAAUUUCCUGGAUUUUGAACGCUCAGUUAUCCUGCAUCUUCCAAAAAUCAAGCCUAAACAGGUGGCGCUGUGUGGAAGAUAUGUGGCAGUUCAGGCGGAGCUGGAAGUGCUGGUUCUAAAACUGGACACAUCCUCUGAGCCUAAAACCCUGGAAGAGUCAUCAGACACAAACAAAAAUCAUCUGGAAGACCAGGCUGACUUUCAGGUCCUUCCGAGACACCAAGAGUUGCUCGGUGAUCGAGCUAAAGACUGUGACAUUCCUGUUAGCGUAGAAAAGACCGGCCUCGAGGACAGUACAGGGCAAUGCACCCUGUCAUAUGUUCUCUUCAGGCGUUUUACUCCAGACUUCUUCCAGGGCUGCAGUGUGGAGGAGACUCAACUCCACUCCCUACAGCUCUACCCACUGUUCACCAGUAACCAGUCAGAGUCUCUGGAAGAACCAUCGUGCAUAUUCUGCUUCUUCUCUCUCCCGUCCGCUGGCUACCUGUACAGUGUGAAGGGCGGCGUCGAGCUUCUCUCGGCCUAUCAGUAUCCAGAGAAGGUCCUGAAGGCGGUGCUAACAGACCACCUGUUGCACGUCAUAACAAAGAGUGCAUUGCAGUGUUUCACCGUGCGCUGUGCGGCAUUAGCAGCCAGGAAUGAAGACCCCUAUAUCGAUACCACCAUGAAGGCCUGUCCACCCUGCAGCCUGGAGGUGUGUGCGCUCAGGAUGCAGCUGUUCAUUGGUCUGCGCUCAGUGUGUGUCUACGGUCGCCAUGUCAUCCUGCUUUCCACCGCCGACGCAGAGGCACCAGAGGAACCGGAACGCACUCCACAACGCAGAGGCCUUGAGUUGAAAGAACACACCUUGCUGACUGGUAUUUUCCUGGCGGUGGGAAUCGAUCCCGCAACCACGCCGGCUCUGGAGAGCCUUCUUUCACGCCCCUUCCUGAGCAGGAAGUGGACAAUCUCUUCCCCCAAAGAAACCAGCACUGCAGGACACGGAUGGAACCUCUACGUGGUCGACACCGUCUCACCACUCACUCUUUACCAAGAGAUGGUGGAAUACAGCGAGCGGUAUGCGGAGACCAACCCACAGGCUCAAAGCCUUCGGCACCUGCUGAGCGAAGCUCACCUCCUCAUCCGCUGCUCCUUACUCCAAACAUCAGAGCAGCAACGAAGCGUUGAGGGAGACUCCGCCCUGUCUCUGCAGACAGAUACAGACGGACCGGCUGAGAAACAGACAGCUGGACAGACAGACAGACAAGAACUGGAGGAGGCACUCAGACAAAACUGUGCACAGCUGGGAGACUGUUUCAGCAGGGCCAGUCAGAAGGACUGCCACCUGGCUCUGCCGUACUACAGGAUGUCUGGUCUGUCAGUCACAGAGAUCACGGCCAGGAACCGGCCACUUCCCAGCAGCCCUCACUCCUACGGCCCCGGGUUCCUCUUCUACCUGAAGCAUUUUCUGUUUGAAGAAACAGAGCAGAUUCUCAGUCAGGAGGCAGCUGAUGAGGUCAUCGACAUUUUCAGCAAAUCAGAGCCCUCACAGCUCGUCAGUGUGUGUGCCAGCCCGUCCCUGAUGAACAUUAGUCCUGCCCAGACGCUGCAAAUCUUACAACAUCUGGAAGACAAAGCUGGCGUGUCUGUUCCUUUGACUACCACCAUGGCAACCAUGAUGUUGCGUUUGGACGACAUGCCGCAGUACACACAUCUGAUGGAAAGACACGCUGAGAUGCUGCUGGUGUACGGGUUCAUUGAGGAGCCAAGGCUGUUGCUGCAUGGCGGAGGUGGAGGCCAGCACGUCCAAACCCGUCCCACAGCGUUGACCCGCCAAUUGGCGAAGUCCCAACCAGGACUGCUGGUGGCUGCCAUGGUGGCUUUACAUGAAAACAACAAAGUCCAGCUGGAGCAGGCUGAUCACAUAUUCAAGGCGCUGGGCUGUGAGAACUGCUUACAGGUGGAUUUCUGGGAGGCGAUGCUCAUGGCGUCCUCACAGGAAACUCUCAUCCAGGAACUUCUGUUCCGAGUGGCGUCGGUCUACAUCGACCGAGUGACUAACACAACCUCGGAUACACACACCAACAAACCACACACACCUUCGAGACGCAGGCCACUGAAGAGCGCUGACGAUCUGAUAAACUCGUGCUCCCAUUACGGUGCUCUGUACCCGUGGCUCACUGUUCUCAAUCCAGCACACACCACCAGCUCACACCACCAGGAGGCGCUAUACAAACUGCAGUCUCUCCUGUGUGGUCCGUCCCUGUCAGUGGGCUCCAUCAUGCCUCUGAUGGAACGUCUUUCAGAGGAAACCUUAUGGGGCUUCAGCCUGCACCUCCUCUGCGCUACCAGGGCGGGUCAGUAUGACAUCAGCAUUGAAAAGCUGCUGGACCGAUGUCCUCAGGCCAUCAUAGCCUACGCUAACCACCAGUUACAAGACAAGCAUAUGGUGUUAUGGUGGCAGAAGCUGCUCCCAGAGCUUUGUAACAGGACGAGAGCUGCCGCAGACAACAGCAUCCUAUUGGCCGCUCUCAAAGAGACGCUGGUAGUGGUUGCCAUGGAGACGAGUCCCACAGAGUUUCUGGAACUGAUGCCUGAGGAUGGCACCGCCUCAUACUUCCUGCCUCACUUGUUGACAUGUAGCCAGAGACACCUGCGGGCCUGACACACACACACACACACACACACACACACACACACAUCCAGCAAUUGAACUGCUGUGCUGCUCCGGAGCAGUCAGGGAUUGAGUGAUUUUCUCAAAAGACCCUCUCCUGCGCUGCUUGAGGAUGAUUCAAACUGUCUCGUCUCUAUGCUAUCAGCACUUUGUUUGUCCUCAGAUCAUCAUGUACAGGUUUUUGUAUGUUUAUGAUCGCACAAAUACUUGACCAACCUUUGAGUAUGAGGCAAAUAAAUUGAACAUUUAAUCAGUCACUCUGGUGAUGUAUCCUGUGUUUUUAGCUGACAAAGUAGCUGUAGAAGAUAAUAGAAUAUGCAGGAUACACUAGAAUAGACUACAGUAUAGAGAGCAAGUCAUUCAGAGCAGAUAUGGAUCAUAAAAAGUGGUUUUAGGUUUCCCUGUAGGUCCACUAUAUAUCUAAAACACUUAUUUUUUUAGUUAGUUGUUUGCAUUUCAAUAUUGCUUUGCAUUUCUGAGUUUUGUUUUCCAAUUGCAUUGUCAUGUUUGUAGCAUUUUAAGGAUUUGUUUGUGUUUUCAUGUGGAUCAUACUGUAUGUGGUGAUAUAAACUUAAAUGUCUAGCUCGUAUGAAAAUGUAUUAUUAUCGUUUGUAGUCCUUAAGCUAGUCCUGUAAUUCCUAAAACCAGGAAGUUGGUGAGCAUUUAAAAGCUGCAGCGUCCAUCACCAAAUUCCAUUCCUAAACCAUUUUUGAUUCAGUGUAAAAAACAUUUUUUCAUGAAAAACCUUCUCAUCUUUUGUUCUCCAAUUUACAUAAGCUUGGAAUUACUAUAGUGAGUUAUCAUUUCACAGGUGUUGAAUAUGAAGACCUUUAACAUUGCAUUAUGUAGCAGACUUCUGGGGAGAUUACAAUCAACCUUUCUUUUUCUGUUGAAGUUUGAAUGCCACUGUUGCAAGACAAACUUAAUGUGAGAUGUUUCUCAGGAAGGCGGAAAACUGUCCUCAUGCAAGCAGCAAAUAUUUGGCAUAAGAUGACUUCUGUCUCAGUUGACUGACGGUGAUUACAGAUCGUUCAGUGUGUGGUUUUAAGUCUCGCCAGAGGAAUGAGAUGUGGUCUAAGCAACACUCAAAAUAACACAUGAUUAGGUCGUAGACCCCUGUGCAGCUUUCUGUUGUUUUUGGGCUGUUUGAAUACAAAGUUC